AUGGUCGCCUCCGACGUCCCCGUCUGCUCAACAAUGGGGAAAAACAUCUUACUCCAGGGUGGAAAUGCCGCUGAUGCUGCAAUUACAGUCGCAUUAUGUAUAGGAUCGAUCAAUUCCCACAGCUCGGGGAUUGGCGGGGGUGGGAUCAUCCUAUCCCGAUCCAACAACUCCACGAUCUCCAUCGACGCUCGAGAAGUCGCCCCAGCGGGGGCAUAUAAGGAGAUGUAUGACCACCCCGAGGGAUAUAGGUAUGGAAAUGGGAGUCGAGUGGGUGGGUUGGCUGUGGCGGUGCCGGGGGAAUUGAAAGGGUUGUAUAGUUUGUAUAAACUUCAUGGAUCGGGGAAGUUGGGGUGGAAGGAAUUGAUUAUGCCGGUGGUGGAGUUAAAUAGACGGGGGUGGGAGGUGAGUGAAUUAUUCGGGGCUGUGGUUGAGAAAGAGUAUAGAGAAGUAUUAAGCAAGUAUCCUGAUUUAAAGCUGUCCUGGGGUGGGUUUAUUUUGAAAGAAGAGAAGAGUACUGGAGGGGGAGAGAUGGAGAUGGUGAGAGUGAAGGCGGGGGAUUGGAUAAAGAGGGAGAGAUAUGCUGAUACUUUGGAAUUAGUUGCUAAUAAUGGAAGCCAUGCUGUUUUUUAUGACCCCCAUGGACCAAUUGUUAAGAGUUUGGUGAAGACCGCUAGACGAUUUGGAGGGAUUAUUACAAAAGAAGAUUUUGCUAGAUAUGAUGAUAUUGUGGAAGAACCAAUCUUUGUCCAAGUUAAUAAUAUGAGUGUUUAUACUGCCAAUGGAAUAUCAUCAGGAUUAGCACUUGUAUCGGGGUUGAAAUUUUUCGAUAGGGUAUUUGAUGAAUCAGAUGAUGAAUUGAUGUAUAAUCAUAAACUCAUAGAAUCAUUCAAAUGGCUUUCAUCUAUCCGGACUAGAUUUGGAGAUGUUUCCAAAACCUAUCAAAACGAUCUAGUCAAGAAAUAUACCGCCGAUACCUGGAUAGAUGAACUUCUUGACCUGGGGAAAUUCUCAACCAAUACCACAUUUGAUUGGAAACAUUAUGAUCCCAAAUAUUCAAUCCAAGAACCCCAUGGCACAGCCCAUUUCUCAGUCGUCGAUAAAGAUAAUAAUGCUGUCUCAAUGACCACAACAGUAAAUCUCUUAUUUGGAUCAAAAGUACAUGACCCACAAACCGGGAUUGUCCUCAACAAUGAAAUGGAUGAUUUUUCACAACCACACAUCUCAAAUGCAUUCAAUCUCACUCCAUCGAUCUAUAAUUUCAUCAAUCCUUAUAAGAGACCAUUAUCUUCAAUGGCACCUACUAUUAUUAUAAAAGAUGACAAGGUGGAUUUGGUAAUUGGUGCAGCUGGCGGGAGUAGGAUAACUACUGCGAUCUUACAGGCGAUCAUUAGGUUAUAUUAUCAGAAUAUGGAUCUUUUGAAGGUGAUUUCAUAUCCUAGGUUACAUCAUCAAUUAAUUCCGCAAGGGAUUAUGUGUGAGAAUGUGACUAUGUAUAAUGAAGAGUUUGCAACAAAAGAAGGGAGCAGGAGUAUGAGGGAAAGGAUGAGUGAGUUGAGACAUGAUUUUAUUGAGACUGGUGCAUUGACUGCAAUGAAUGGGAUUAAAAGAGUGAAUAGUGUGAGUGAGAGUGAGAGUGGUAGUGUAUUAGAAGGUGUUUGUGAUUGGUGGAGAAAGAGAGGUGAAGCAGACGGGUAUUAG